GUAACAGUCACAAUUGAUUCCAUCAAAAGCCCUCGUAGUAGUAGGUUCGGAAUUCUUUCUAGGUCACUUUUUUACCUACCGCCGGUCGGAGCCCUUGAUAUAACUCGCCGGAAAAAUGUCGUUAUCGACGGCGAAGCCAGUGGCUACCUUCCAGAUCUUUCCAUCGACUGGAGCGAAUAAGGCGCCUUUUAAAGUGUCGAGACUCUCAAUGAUGCAGAGACGAGUUCUUCCUCCUCCGCAGACUCACUUCGCCGCUCCAGAUUCUAUUCCAGUGAAAGGAAAAGAGAAGCCAUUGUUGCUGGAAAACUUAAACACUAGCGCCACUAGACGAGAACUCUUCCAUCUAACUGCUACUUCCCUUGGCCUUAUGUCCCUCGUCUCCCCUGCAUUUGCUGCUGAAGUCCAAACCAAAAAUGCCUCCAUACUCGAGAAGAUCAUAGAGAAAUUUAAUGAACUGACCAGUUCAUCGAACCCAAAAGAUGAAGCCAAAGACACAAAGCCAAAGGUGAACAAUGGGGAAGAGAAGAAGAAGAAGAGCAAUGGUGGCCAAGAGAAGCUGCCGAGCACCAUCAACGGUAAGACCGUGGAAACCAGUGCUGUUCCAUGAUGGAAGGAGGGGGCACUGCUCAACAAUCCAGGUUAGUCCAUGAUUGCCCAACUUGAUAAAAACUUAGUCACCUCUCUUACCUUGAUUGAGGAAAUAACUGAAUCAGCCUAUUUGUGUGGCCUGGGCAUACAAUUUGUGUUUGGUAGAGUUAUUAUUAUUAUUAUUGUUAUUAUUGUUGUUGUUAUUGUUGUUGUUGUUGUUGUUGUUGUUGUGUUGAGAUAUUUUAGAUGUUCAAUUUUAGAUUUAGUAGUUUUAGAUUUAGAUUGGGUAUUAUUCGUAAUUAUUUAGAUUUGAGUCUAUCGAAUCUUUUUGUUUUAUGUAGGCCAUUAUUUUGAUGAUCAAAAUAUGUCAUUUUCCAGUUUUCUUAAAAUAUUUUGUAUCAUAGCCUAUUUUUCUUCUGAAAUAGAUACAAUAUACCAAUCCGCACUAGUACAUUUAACCUGAAAUAUACCCGGAGGUCUCCAGUUUAGAGUCUUGGUUUUCGUCUGCAUUUAAAUUUGAAUCAUGUUUGCGCAUCUAUCUACAAUCUGUGUGUCAUAUUUCUCUAGAGAUAUGUCUCUAACUGCAUUAAGAGUCUUGUCGUUUCUAACUUUGUUUAGAGUGCCGUUGUUUUUUACUUUGUGGAGAGUACUCACGUCGUUUCCUGCCUUUGGUGAGAGUUUU